AUGGUGGAUUGCCCCCAUAUCUCGGGCUCAGUUUGCAUCGCAGCUGUGAAUCUGUCGCAGUUGCAACUUUUACGUGAAUUCAACGAUGUCGACUAUGGUGGCCGAUCUGCAGUACGCACACAACGAAAACUCAGCCGUGAUGCCUCGGAGAAAGUUCUAUGGAAUUGUGUCACGUGUGACUCGUCAGAAAGCCCUUGGUUGUGUUUGGCGUGUGGGCUCAUUUUCUGCGGUCGAUUUGUGAAUGCCCAUGGAUUGAAGCAUCACAACGAAAUGAAGCAUCCUCGUCAUUGCGUGUUGAUGCAUUGCCAAACCUAUGAGGUAUUCUGCUAUGUAUGUGACGACUUUGUCGGCGACGACACUGAAGAUGGCAAGAUCUCGUCUGUUCGUCACUCUCUGGCUUACUUCAACAAAGCCAGAUGUGCCGAUCACAGUUACUCUUCCCAGCUGUACGUGGCUUCACAUGAAAAUGGUAUGUACGAUGCUGAAGAUUCCAUAGAUUUGACCACAGAAGAGGAGGAUGAGGAUGGGAUAAGCCAGGCUGUAUCAGAAAGAAUAGUUCAUCUGGAUGAAGACAGUGGUUCUGUUCCGGAAGACGAAGGUCGACCAGCUCGUCAAGUACCCGAGCAGCAGUCGUCGAAAGUUGUUCCAGACAUAGGAAUAAAUAGAUCUGGUCCACUGGUGGGUGGACGAGCGUUGCGACCGCGCAAACGAAAGCUAAGCUUCUCACAUUCCUCGUGUCCACCAUCUCCUGGUUUGGAUCCAGACUACAAUGGCGGGAAGCAGCCACGGGUUCGUGUAGAAUUGCGAGGACUGAAAAACCUUGGCAACACGUGCUUCAUGAAUUCUGUCAUCCAAGCUUUAAACACAACCGAUGUUUUUCGCGGGUACCUGGUGCAGCUCCCACUUCUACAGCCCGACGAUGAAGUUAGCGAUGAGAAUCAGCCGUUGGCAAGUCCGCGGUACAAUACGAGACGAGCUGCAUCAGCUGUCAACACAUCAACCACUACUGCGUCCACCGCAGCGCCUACAGUGCUCGCUGAAGAAUUGCGGAAAGUUAUGAUUCGCUUGGGUGACCUUCGGUGCGAUCAAGCUGUCUCGCCCGAUGAGUUGUUCCAGUCAGUGUGGAAGAUUUCUCCUAGGUUCAGAGGAUAUCAUCAACAAGACGCCCACGAGUUUCUGCGUUGUACUAUGGAUCGGGUCCAUUCGGAGCUAAGGCGAUGCCGACUACCGGAAUCAGUGGACCAGUGGUUGGCCGCAGCAUGUGGAGGCAGCGAAUCGCCAAAUGGCUCUGCAGUCACGACAUUGUUCGAAGGCUCUCUGCAGAGCCAAGUGGUCUGCCUGACGUGUCACACUGCGAGCAACAAGCAUGACCCCUUUCUAGACCUGUCACUCGACAUAUUUGUUCCCGCUGCGAAUGGUCGGGCCAGCAAUGUCCGAUUGUCAGAAUGCAUAAAACGAUUUUUCGCGAAGGAGGAAUUAGACCAUUGUGAGCAGUAUAUGUGCAGCAAUUGCAAAGAUAAACGGCCAUCAACCAAACAGCUCUUUUUACGUGUGCUACCAAAUGUGUUGUGUCUCCACUUGAAGCGUUUCCGGUGGUCACAUUUCAAUAGAGGUAAACUCGAUAACAUGGUCGAUUUUCCCCUAAGCGGUCUGGACAUUACACCAUUCAUGGCGCAGUGCGCAGCAUCGCGUGUCGCGGAGAAUUCUGGUAGUAUCACCUUCGACUUGUCCUCUGUGGUUGUUCAUCACGGAUCAGGGGUAACGUCAGGUCAUUACACUACAUAUGGUCAACGAGACGGUCAUUGGUACCACUUCAAUGAUGCUUCCGUAAAAGCAUGCUCUGAGCAAACGGUGCUCAAGCAGAAGGCUUAUUUGCUGUUCUACACACGAUCGCCUCGAAGUCGCUCAUAA